AGCGGCAAACAUGUGCUCAAAUCAGAGUCCCAUGAAGGCCAUUCAGCACUUGGGAUCUUGCAAGCCACAACAUGCACCUUGGGUGUUCGCCAGUUCGGUGCAGGAAUCGACGUUGCAGCGGAAACACGGUCCUUUCCAAUCCUGGGCCUUCCCGGUCUCAUGCUGUUUCUUUGCGCAUGCGCGAUCCAGGCUGAACACCCGCCUUUGCACGGGUAAGAUGGGGAGCUCGGAGUCAAAGCUGGGUGAAGAUUCGGGUACAAAUCUUGCAGGCGAGCUGUUUCUGUAUGACGAGACGUAUGGCUAUGCUGCAUUUGAGGCGCUUGAGAGAGGCAAUGGAUGCAAGGCAUUGGUUUGCAUUGGUGGGCUGACGGAUGGCUUGUUGAGCUUGCGCUACAUGCCGCCGCUGGCAAAAGCUGCCCACUCGCUGGGAUGGCGCACGAUCCAGCCAGUCCUUCAGAGUAGCUAUCGCGGAUGGGGAUUCGCAAGUCUUGCUGAGGAUGCAGUUGAUCUUGAUCGCUUGCUUUCGUUCCUGAAGAGCCAGCGAGGAAUUUCGCAAGUUGUGCUGUUGGGAUCCUCCACCGGAUGCCAAGACGCGGUGCAUUUUUUGAAAGCGGGGCAGCAAGCCUCUAUGGUGCAAGGGAUCAUUCUGCAGGCGCCGGUGAGUGAUCGCGAAGCUUUGCUCGUUGAAACGCGGACGUCAGAGCAGGAGGCGGCGCUCGCGGAGUUCCAAGGCCUUGCGGCGCAAAUGGUCGCAGAGGGCAAAGGAGAGGAACUGAUGCCUCGUGCUGCCUGUCAAAUCAUGGGGCCGCCACAUGUCAUCACGGCUUAUCGCUUCGACUCCUUGACGAGGCGGAUGGCUGAUGAUGACAUGUUCUCCUCCGACUUGUCGGACCUGGAGCUGAGGCAGAAACUGGGUCAUGUGAGCGUGCCUGCCUUGUUGGUCUCGUCGGCCGACGACGAAUACAUCCCGUCCUUUGUGGACAAGGCGCGUUUGUGCGAGCGCCUGGGGAGCGCUAUGGCAGUGGGGGUCACGGAAGCAGUGCAGUGCCUGGUGCUGGAGAGCGGCGGUCAUGGCGUGAGGUCUGCCGAGGGCCAGGGCCAGCUCUUGCAAGGAGUGGAGGGCUUCCUCAGAGCCUUGGACGGCGAAACGCUGAAGCCUCUCAGCUGGGAGCUCCCGCUGUCGCAGCAGCUGCGGGCGAAGGCAGACAGGUGUACUCAACGGCCACUGAUGGUGGCGAUCGCCGGCGUGCCGGGCUCGGGGAAAUCCCGUGCAGCGCAGAUCUUGGAGCGGCUGCUCGGAGCUGACUGUUUGCACGUGCCCAUGGACGGCUUCCACCUCCCCCUGGCCCAGCUGCAGGCGCGGCCCGACGCCGAGGCGGCGGUGUAUCGCAGAGGCGCGGUGGACACCUUCGACCCCAAGGCCCUUGAGGCCAAGCUGCUGGAAGUCAGGGAAGGGAACCCGGAAGUGCUGCUGCCCCAGUUCGACCACGCGCAUGGGGAUCCUGUCCCAGAUGCUCUGCGCUUUAGAGCCGACAGGCACCGAAUCGUCUUGGUGGAAGGCCUCUACUUGCUCCAUGACAAAGAUGGGUGGGAAGACAUCGCAGAUGUCUUUGAUUUCCGGAUCUUCUUGGAUGCGAACUUAGAGGAGUGCAUUGCACGGGUGAAGGAGCGCAACAAAGUCAUCCCAGGUUACACAGUGGAAGAGAUCGAGCAGCGAUGCGAAGUGGUGGACAGAGCAAACGCCCAGGUCGUGCAGGCCUCGGCUCGUCGAGCUGACCUCCAAGUAGCGAAGCAGCGUCUCGAAGUAGCGUAG